AUCUACUAUUAAGUACGUACUUCAUAUUUUAUAAGAUAUGAUUAACAAAUAUCCCGGAAUCAAAAAACUCAAAAAUAGAGAGAUUCAAUAACCGAUUAUAAAUAGCCGAAUUUCCUGAUAUAUGUUAGUUCAGUAGAGGCAUACACACAUAGUCAACAAGGUAGAGACAGGAACAAUAAUUGGUACAAAGAUGAAACGAAAGAGAUGUGAAAUGGAAGAGACAACGAAGAAGAAGAAGAUGACAGAGAUUGGAUCUGCCAUUGAAGAACUCUCUGUUCUUUCCAUAGCCAAGACCACAAUAGUUACCACCGAAAAAGAAGCCAUCAACAUCAUCAAUUUACCUUUGAAGCCUCUCCUAUCUUUCUGCAACAUUAUAGUCCAAGUUCUUGAUAAGAUUGGCCCGACAAUGGCUGUUCUCCGACAUGACAUUGAUCAAAAUAUUCAAAGGUUAGAGAAGAUGUGGGAAUCUGAUCCUCUUGUGUACUCAAAUUUAGUUGAGAUACUGAGAAAAGAAGCCAAGGAGGGAUCCUCUAGGAAACCUAAAAGUUGUAGUAGAGCUGCUCUUUGGCUAACGAGAGCGAUGGAUUUUACAUUGGCGCUAUUGCAACGGCUGGUGAAAGACAUGUCACAAAACAUGGAACAAGCCAUAGAAGAAUGUUAUAAUUUGACUAUAAAACCAUGGCAUGGAUGGAUCUCUUCUGCUGCUUUUAAGGUGGCUCUUAAACUGGUUCCAAACAACAACACAUUCAUCAAUGUGCUUGCGGCGAAAGACGAGACACACCAAAUGGUCCAAGAUGAUAUUACAAGUCUAAUUUCGUUGCUCAUUCCACUUCUAAGCCAACUCCAUUCUAUUUUGGAAUUAUACGAAGUGAGCAAAUUAAAGUCACCGUGAGGAAGAGAACCGAAGAAAAAGACUGAAGGGUAUAGUUUUGGUUAUUGUAACAAAGUCUAACUUGUAGCAUCACUCCUCUUUGAUAAGUUUUAUUAAUCUCUCUUUUUUAACGAGUUACUGAUCUAACUAACUGUUUUACCAUGCAUACAAUGAUGAUUUCCGUGUAUAUAUAAGCCCAUGCAUGCACCUAAUGAAUAGUCGAUUCAUAAAUGUUUUAAAAAAUCUGAAGAUUGGGAGCCCAUUUACAUUACUGGCCCAAUUUGUGAAACCUGAGUUUUUCUUUUUUGGUCAACCAAAU